AUGUCAGCAAACUCGUCAACAUCAGCGCCAUGGACGUUUUCUGUUCAAUGCUUGAAGAAGUAUGCCAAAUGGUUGGCGUAUGGACAGGUGCUACUGUUUUCUAUACUUUUYCUUAAUGGACCCAUCAUCAUCGUGUUGGUUCGUAAAAUACGCCGUCUUUCCGCUGGAAAUAUCAUUAUUCUUCAUCUGUCCUUCGCUGACUUUUUACUUUCCCUGGCAGCCGUCUUWAACAAUUUCUUYUUGUUAGCGGGGAGUCCUCUUGCAAGYAYUUUCUUUUGYCAGCUUACCGCGUUUUUGGCUCGUUUUACUCACAGUUCUUCCAUAUAUCUGAUCACUAUCAUGGCAGCCUGUCGUUGCUACAGUGUGAUCAAGCCUUUUCAAUACCGUCUUAAUGUGCUCCCAUCAAGGAUCAACAAGAUAUGCUUUGGUGCUUGGUGCUUGUCUUUGRUUUUGGCCAUGAUGCCUUUGAUGGGGUGGGGAGAAUAUGAACCAGCUUCUGGACGAUGUGCUUGCUGGUUGGACACUCACAAAUAUCCCUACAACUGGUUAGUGUACUGUCUAAUUGGMCAUGUCAUUCCAGUUAUAAUAAAUAGUGUAUGCAUAUCAACCACAGCAAAAAAGAUAACGAAGCAAAAAAAAGUGAGGAAAGCUAUGCGAAUGCGAAGAAGGUCAAGAUUUAAACCCGCUCUAUAUAAAAAGACGUCUGAAAUAAAUCCGAAAGAUCUUGGUAAUGCUAGUGCAUUGCAAGCAUGUGAAAGCAGACGAAACAUUAAAAGCACAGUUGUUAAAACAACUGUAAAAGUUGAAAUUCAUCGAGGCAAUUCAAGUGAUUCAGAGGACAGUCCACCAAUUCUCAUGAAAACGGCAGGAGAAAAAAUUAGAGUUUACCAAGGCGAAGAGCGAAGCACAUCCAUCGACAAUGACUGCAAAAGCGAAGGAGAAGACAACAUGGGAUUAACAGAAGUUGAUGGUCUUAAAGUGAAUUUGGGAAUGAUGGAAAGUCAUCCUAAACAAGGAUCCAAACCACAUCCAGAACCAACUGGCAAUGAAAACAAAUCACAUCUACAAAACAUUGUGCAAGUCAAAAGGGAGAAAGGAGAAAACGACGGAGAAAACGUGAUGAAGAUACUGUCAGAUGACCGACAAGGAUUCCAGCCACAUCUAGCAGUCAGUUUGCAUGGACCAAAUACUGACUUAAAGACUUGCAAUGAAAACCAGACACAUUUAGAAAGUAUUGUGCAUGACGAAAGAAGUAAAGGUGAAAAUAGCGAAGAGAACUUAGAGACAACAGAAACUCAGCAAAAGGCGUGUCAACAACACCUCGAAUCGAGGACGAGACAACACUAUAGCGAUAAAAACCAAGAGCAUUUAGAAAGUAUUGGUUGUCAAAAAAGCAUUGCGCAAAAAGAAAGAAAUAAAGGGGAAGACGAAGAGAACCAGUUGAAGGCAGAAAGUAUUUGCUUUCAGGGAUCCCAGGCACGACAAGAAACGAUCAACCAUCAUCAAAGAAACAGGAAAAUCCAAGGCAAAAGAGCAUCAAAGGACUUUCCAAUUCUUACCAUUGCUUUGGUAUUUGCUUCUUUUGUUAUCUUAUGCAGUCCAAGCGCUAUCGUAAGAAGUUGGUAUGCCCUGGCUCCGGACUCUGUUCCCCAGAACGCCUUUGCUGUGGUAAAUUUUCUUGCUGUAGUGAACUCGUUAGUAAACCCAAUUUUGUAUGGAUUAAUAAGCGCGGAAAUAAGGUCAGAUGUCAAAAAACUAUUUAGUUGUAGGCUCUGA